CCCCCUACCUGCCAGUUCCCGUACCGAGCAGGUGGACGGUACCCGAGCUGGGAGUCCCGGUCUGCCGCUUUCUGCACCUAGUUGUCUGUUGCGCGAGUUCGUUGCCCGAGUCUUUCUCUGAUCUGCCGAGGAUCAUCCUUGUGGAUGAGAUAUAAAAAAAUGUUAAGUAAAUGAAAAUACCCGAGUCGAACCGAUAGCGGAGAUCGAUAACAGAUCGAUCGAAAAAACUGUACUCGCGUAUAUUCGAUCCAAUUGACUGGUUCGGCGUGCUCUUUUUUACGAAUACAUUUUUUGAUGUCCCAGGUGCAAUCUGGGACGGUAGGAACUGACGUGUGAUUCCGGUGCCGCGGAAGUGCCUUUGUUCCUUAUUUGUGAAAAGCAGUGGUAUUAUUUUGUGAAUUAAUGAGAUUAUAAAAGAAAUUUUUUAUCGAUUUUACAUAGAAAUCAGUGAAAUUUUACUGUACGUGGUUUGGUAUGAGUCUUGAAGAUUUAUAUUUUGAGGGUUCGAGUCUGGGCUAAAUCGUCUGACGGAUUGUUUGUGCGCGGGACUGUACAAAUAACAAGAAGAUCAAUCGAGAUCGAACUGAUGUCACGGGCAAGAUGGCGAGGGAUCGUUUAGGAUCUGAUUAUUCAGAAAAUCUGAGUGACGCAACGACCUGCAGCUGCAUGACAAGUUCGGUAGAUAAGUGCUCCUUGAGAAGCUGCGGCAUGCUACAGGAGCCGUUCUUUCUUCAUCCACCCGGUAGCAGACCACGUGACGGGAUUUAUAUAAAUCCAAUGAGUGCCUUCAUAGGGGAAUCCCAGAAGCCUAAGGACACCCAGUCCUUUUACCUUCACAGCCCGCACGACUUGGUCUACACCAGGAUAACUCAUUUAUUCAGCGACAGCGAAGAAUCGCGUAACGCCGAACGCGUCGAAAGGAAAGAUGAAACUUUAACCGUGAAAGUUGAUGUCCACAUCAACAACCGGAACUACAAGAGCAUCGGAAAUGGGACCACGAUAAGAACCGAUUCGAUCAAGGACACCGAGCACGCAUACGAACAAAUCUGUUUACAUCGAGACGAAACUGAUAGUGUGACGUCAUCCCACAAGAAUCACUCCGAUAAUGUGUCUGAUAGCAGUAAGUCCAGCAAGUCCAGCAUGACCAAAUCCAGCAAGAACGAUCGACGCUACAGUCGGUCCAGCAGCAUCAGCGACUCGUCAAACGUGCACAGUGAAAUUCACGGUUACUCGUCGCCGAUCUCGACGCCGUCCUUAUCGCGCAAUUCGAGCAACGAGCAUAUCAACAAAAGUCCAAAAGUACCGGAGCUGCGGAUCCCCGAGAGGAAGCAAUCAAACACCUCGCAGGGAGAAAGUGAAAAGGACAUUAAGAUACUAGUGCACACUGGACCCAGUCUGGUGAAACCACCGCCGCCUCCGCCUCCGCCACCGCCAGACACCGAGGAGAUAAUCGUAGUCAAUGCAAAGAUCGUUGAAAGUAAUAAUAACAACAGUAACAAUAAUAAUAAUAACUUGCGAGAUGACAAGAAGGACCUUUACGAAGGAUCUCCCGACACCAAGAGCGAGUCCGGCAGCGUCUCUUCGGCGGCCAACAAGUCCGACGUAUCCUGCGAGCAGCCGGAAGUCGCUCCUGCCAGUCCACCUGCGGAGCCAGAGGAAACGAAGCCGAGCCAGGUGUCCCACCUGGUGAACAGACACAUGGUGCUGCCGUUUAUACCGCCACAAUUCGCGACCGCGGCCGAUUCGAACACCCUGCUGAAGCCGUCGGAAUACUUGAAGAGUAUAUGCAAGUCAACGGGGAAGAACAGUUUGUCCAAAGCAAGGUCUGUGGAUAAUUUGGAUAUUCAGAGUCGCGUACGCGAGGAGGAGGCGGGGGAGGGGGAGAGCAAGGAGGAGGGGAGUACAGAUACUCCACCUGGACCACCACCGCCUCCUUUACCUCCUUUACAAAAAAAUAGGGAGUACCAAGGGAGUAUCAGUGUCGAACCGGAAACUCCCAGGACACCUCAGCCUUUGGCUACUAUCAGUAUUCAGGAUUUGACCAGCGUUCAGCUAAGGAGGACCAACUCUAAGAUGCACGCUACUAAGACGUUCUCGGCGCCGCCACCGCGUAGCGUCUCUAUGACCAAUGUCUCGGAACCGUUCUUCGUUCAGAAGACGGACUUGAUCGCGGAAUUGAAGAAGACCAGGGAUAUACCGGGUAUCAAAAAAUUGAAAGUCGAAAGGGCGCAAGUGGAGAAAACACAGGAGCAACAUCUUAUGACGGAGAUGAGCAAGGCUUUCAGUGCGCAAAAUUUUGUCGAUCAGUCCAUGCAGAUUCCGGAGAAAGACAGUUCUGGCAACGUGAUACCUAUUUGGAAACGACAGAUGCUCGCCAGGAAGGCCGCGGAACGUGCGAAAAAGGAACUGGAGGAGCAAAUUGCUAGGGAAAACGAAGAGAGGCGACAGAAAGCUAUUCCGGCCUGGAAGAGGCAGCUUCUUGCAAAAAAGGAUAACGAGGAGAAAAAAAGUACUACGGCGGCGCCAAACAAUCCCACGAUACAGCCCGUCAAAAUUGAACUGACGCCAGCGCCAAAACGUGACGCGUCGCCGGUGCCAGUUGCGAGAAACAACGAUGAAAAAAUGGAAAACGAAGAUAAACGAAACGGCAUAAAAAAUGAAGAUCCGGACGACACCCAAAUAAUACCAUGGCGAGCUCAGUUGCGAAAGACGAACAGUAAACUGAACAUUAUCGAUUAAUUCAUGAAAUGACGUAUACGUCAUACAGAUAAACAAUGGCACGUUUAUAUAUCGAUGAGCGGGAAAUUCGAAUUUUCUACUCAACGCCCAAGAACGAAGGUCUCGCAUAGCGUCUUACGUAUGGCAAUGAUAAAAAUUCAAUAUGUAUAUUGACGUUAUCAAAUUUUUACAAAAAAUACACUCGACCGUGUAUAAUCAACUCUACCGUCUACAGGGUUCUGCAUAGUAACGUAAUUCCUCAUAAAUAUUCAAAAUGAAAAUAAAAAAAAAAUAUGCUCAAUGUAAAAAAAUUCCUUAUCGUUAUAUAAGGAUACAAAAUGGAUGCACCAUACUAAAUAUUGAAAAAAAAAAAAUUGCUCAUUCUUAACGAAUAUCAAUUAACCUGUAUAUUCGUUUAAAGUGCAGUUGAACCGUAAGUUGCAUACUAAGCAUAGCAUGUACAUACAUAAAAUUAUAAUAAAUUUGUUACACCGUG